ACCGUCCCGAUUGGUUCCGUUAUCUUCUCCCCCUUUCGCUGCUUCCUCCUCCUCACUCGCUCUCUCUCUCUCUCUUAAGAUAACACGAAUCGUGGCCCCUCCCCAUCUCUCCUCCAUUCUCUCUUCUUAGACGCGUCGCCUGCUUCCCGUUAGGGCUUUGGGCGAUCGAUGGAUUCCUCGGCCGGAAAGAUGAAGCCGAGGGAGACAUGCGAGCUCUGCGGCGGCGCCGCGGCGGUCCACUGCGAGGCUGACGCGGCGUCGCUCUGCUGGGACUGCGACGCUCGCGUCCACGGCGCCAAUUUCCUUGUCGCUCGCCACCUCCGCCGUAUCGCCUGCGCUGGAUGCCACUCCCUGGACGACGAUCGGGUCAUCUCCGGCGCCGGAUCCCCCCCGGUCCGCUCGAUCUGCCGCUCCUGCGGCCCCGACGGAUCCGACCUGUCCUCCUCCGCGUCGUCGCCGGUGACGUCCUGCGUCUCGACCGCCGAGUCGAAGGCGUCGCAGGAGGAGGGGGCCACCACCUCGAGAGUCGGAUGCGGGGGAGACCGGCGGUGGGCGCGAAGGCGACGGCCGUGUCGGUAAACUGGCGCGCGAGUGCAGUCGUCGAGGUGGCAGUCCACGUGCCGGGGGGUGUGCGAAACUAGAGUGGCGGAUUUACCCGCUUCGGGUUUCGACGCGACGCCGUGUCAGGGAAGCGGUGGCUGAGAGGGCCCGACCCGUGUUCCGUUGCAUGGUCGAGGGUACACACUACAUGAUUCGGACAAAUAACUCUACGCUGUUGCCACGAUCACACGUGUGAGUUGGUUUUGUUUCGCACGAUUCGGUUGUAGUCGUCCUUCGCAUUAGAAUUUCAUUUUUCUUGCGGCUUUCAUCUGUUUAAACUUAUUAAUUAUUUUUACUACCACAACAACAAAAUAUUAUUUGACAUCAAAUUUUCUAUCAUCGAAUUCGGUUAAAAAACAUAUUUUUAAUUUAUUAUCUUUAAAUUAAUUAAAUUGAUUUCAUUUACUAAAUAAUAUUAUAGCUAAUUGGUCAUCGGAAAGUAUUUGGUUAAAACUUAUAUAAAAUUCGAGUUUAUUUGCCUCAAUCAAUUAAAUGCACAGAAAUAGCCAAUUUAUGUGCUAAAAUAAAUGGCCCACACGACCCGAAAUUUAAUUUGCAUACGGAAAAGCCGUAAACCGUCGGCCCAUCAAGCCCUAUUUUGGUGGCUAAGGUACCGUUCGAUGGCCGCAUUGUUUCGUAUUCUACGGCCCCGAUUCGAUGCCCGCAGUGGUCCCAUGCAAGGCCGACGACGUCCCCUGCUAUCAUCUUCCCUCUCUCCCUCGUUCUCGACUUGGUGCCCCAAAAUUCUAGGGUUUCUCUCGGGGACUGAGAACUCCGGGGUUCUUCCAUCCGGGUCUCCGAUGGCCUCCUAUGGAAUCCGAUCUGAACUUGUUCAUCUUCCGUGUUCCUUCUUCCGUUGGACCCGACCGAUUCCGGACAUCGUCUAGAUACCGUAACGUCUUCUUAUACAGUUUUCUCGUAUUUGAUCUCAAUCUUCUGUAGUUGAGCGAGAGGAAAGAGGGAAUGAGUGGAAAACCUAACCACAUGUCGGAUUUGAGGACGGCUGCGGCCCAUCCGCUGGCCUCAGGCACCGGGGAGGGCCACAUGAUCGCGGCUGCCGACGCCAGGGCGAUCCAGGGGUACGGGCACGAUAAGGAUAGUGGUGGCGGUUGCGACGGUAUGGAAGAGGCCGUCGACGGGGAGGGAGUGGAGGGCGACGCGCCAGCCGAUCAUGGCGAUUUGGGGAAUCCACACGCUUUGGUUGUGCCUCCGGUUGCUAGCAAUCAGCUCACCCUCUCGUUCCAUAGGGAGGUCUACGUGUUCGAUUCAGUCUCCCCUGAAAAGGUUCAAGCUGUGCUUUUGUUAUUGGGAGGACGUGAAAUUGCCACUAGCACGGCUUCGAUUGAAUCAGCUACCAACCCACUGGAUAAGCGAUUGAACUUCCCACACAGAGUUGCUUCACUGAUGAGGUUUAAAGAGAAGAGGAAAGAGCGCAAUUUUGACAAAAAGAUACGAUAUGCUGUUCGGAAAGAAGUUGCUCUCAGGAUGCAGCGGAACAGGGGUCAGUUUACAACUUCAAAAUCAAAUCCUGACGUUGCAACUUUGGGUGCCACAAAUUGUGAGGGAACCCAAUGUUGGGGUACAAUUGAAGGUCGACCACCAUCAGCUGCUCUUUGCCAUCACUGUGGCAUCAACUCAAAAUCUACACCAAUGAUGCGUCGUGGACCUGAUGGACCAAGGACCCUAUGCAAUGCUUGUGGACUUAUGUGGGCAAAUAAGGGUACAUUGAGGGACCUCUCUAAAAAUCCAUCAUUGCUAACACAAAGUGACCCUUUAGAAGGAAGUGAAAUGAAUGGAGCCUCUGCACCUGUAGCUGAGGAACUGCUGCCACAUGCUAAUGCUGCCAAUGACCAUCACUCAUCAUCCUUAUAAGAAAAAUCCUGGUUGGAAAGAUAAAUAAUAAUAGGGGAACUCUGUACUUUUUUGUGAUCUUAGAAAGUACCAUACUUUUGCCUGUAUUAUAGCUUCUGAUGUUGUUUAUCUCAUGUUGAUGAUUAAGGAAAAUUUGACAUUUGUUAUGUGCUCA